GAGAAUGAAGCCAUGUUUUAUAGGCAAAACCUUGCCUAACAAUUAGGUAAAAAGAAAGCUCCUGAAAGGUGUACAUAAAUUUCCGCCCAACAUAUGAGCUCCACUUAUUAACUUCACAACAUCAAGAACCAUACAAUUGUAAUUUGUAUUUUUCAGGUGGUGCCAAUUUACUCAUGUUAUAAUUUCUUCAUUUAACCUUGUUACAAUUAACACGUGUACGGUUUUAAUUUCAAUCAUACACUCUCCAACACUCGGUCAUUAUUUUAUGUCUUUGUUUCUGACUCUAUUAAUGUUUCAAUUUUCUACAAAGAAGAAGGGACCGCGGCUUUCUAAAGAGGUCACACUCCAAAUUCGUCACUUUUCUUCUAGAAACGGUAUCUUUUCGUUAUCUACGCCACCAAUUAUCCCACGUUAUUUCUAGAAGCUAGAAUAAGACAGGCCUAGUAGUGACUAGUUAGUGGAGAUUAUCCGAUGCGCCGACUUCAUCCAAUGUGAAAGUAACGACAGAGAUCACUCAACGCUUUCAGGAUCACCUUCCCUAAACGCAUAAAACGCAUAAAACGACACACAGCACACAGCAGAUUCUUAACCCAUUACCUUUUUGAUAAUAUUGUAGGUAACUACAAGGGUUGCGUCUGGGAUAUGAUUUUUGGCUGUUAUUAGCAUGUCGGUGAAGGGUUUUGAUAGGACAAAAGUUUGUGCAAUGAUUAUACUGUAUAUGAAGUUCCGUGGUUAAAUUUCACCCAUUAUUUGAGAUCUAACAUGUAUAAAAACCUUGCAUCAUCAUCUCCUCCCCCUCCAAACAAGUUCUCUUCAGUAGAACAGAAUCCAUCUCUCUUUCUCUCACAGAUUAAGUACAGAUGGAAGCAUCAAGGGCUACUUGUGUUGCGCUAUGUGUUGUUUGGGUGGGCAUAGUAAUUACAUGGGCAUGGAGGGUGCUGAAUUGGGUGUGGUUGAGGCCAAAGAAACUAGAAAAAUGCUUGAGGGAGCAAGGCCUUGCAGGCAAUUCUUACAGGAUUUUGUUUGGAGACACCAAGGAUCUCUCAAAGAUGCUCGAACAAACACAAUCCAAACCCAUCAAACUCUCCACCUCCCAUGAUAUAGCGCCACGUGUCACCCCAUUUUUCCAUCAAACUCUGAACUCUUAUGGGAAGAAUUCUUUUGUUUGGAUGGGCCCCAUACCAAGAGUGCACAUCAUGAAUCCGGAAGAUUUGAAAGAUACCUUCAACAGACAUGAUGAUUUUCAUAAGGUAGUAAAAAAUCCUAUCAUGAAGUCUCUACCACAGGGCAUUGUAGGCAUUGAAGGUGAUCAAUGGGCUAAACACAGAAAGAUUAUCAACCCAGCAUUCCAUUUAGAGAAGCUAAAGGGUAUGGUACCAAUAUUUUACCAAAGUUGUAGCGAGAUGAUUAACAUAUGGAAGAGCUUGGUGUCCAAAGAGAGUUCAUGUGAGUUGGAUGUGUGGCCGUAUCUUGAAAAUUUUACCAGCGAUGUGAUUUCCCGAGCUGCAUUUGGAAGUAGCUAUGAAGAGGGAAGGAAAAUAUUUCAACUACUAAGAGAGGAAGCGAAAGUUUAUACGGUGGCUGUGCGAAGUGUUUACAUUCCAGGAUGGAGGUUUCUACCAACCAAGCAGAACAAGAAGACGAAGGAAAUUCACAACGAAAUUAAAGGCUUACUUAAGGGCAUUAUAAAUAAAAGAGAAGAGGCUAUGAAGGCAGGGGAAGCCACUAAAGAUGACUUACUAGGUAUACUUAUGGAGUCCAACUUCAGGGAAAUUCAGGAACAUGGGAACAACAAAAAUGCUGGAAUGAGUAUUGAAGAUGUAAUUGGAGAGUGUAAGUUGUUUUACUUUGCUGGACAAGAGACCACUUCGGUGUUGCUUGUUUGGACAAUGGUUUUACUAAGCCAAAAUCAGGAUUGGCAAGCUCGUGCAAGAGAAGAGGUCUUGCAAGUCUUUGGAAGCAACAUCCCAACCUAUGAAGAGCUAAGUCACCUAAAAGUUGUGACCAUGAUUUUACUUGAAGUUCUUCGAUUAUACCCAUCAGUCGUUGCGCUUCCUCGAACCACUCACAAGAAAACACAGCUUGGAAAAUUAUCAUUACCAGCUGGAGUGGAAGUCUCCUUGCCCAUACUGCUCGUUCAUCAUGACAAAGAGUUGUGGGGUGAGGAUGCAAAUGAGUUCAAGCCAGAGAGGUUUUCAGAGGGAGUUUCAAAGGCAACAAAGAACCAAUUUACAUACUUCCCUUUCGGAGGGGGUCCAAGGAUUUGCAUUGGACAAAACUUUGCUAUGAUGGAAGCUAAAUUGGCCUUGUCAUUGAUUUUACAACACUUUACCUUCGAGCUUUCUCCACAAUAUUCUCAUGCUCCAUCCGUAACUAUAACCCUUCAACCCCAAUAUGGUGCUCAUCUUAUUUUACAUAAACGUUGAUUAGUGCUGAAUUAUAUCUAUCAUUAAUGUUAAUGAUAAAGACACAUCAAGAUAGCUAUGGUUUGAACCGUAAUUUUCUUUAUGUACUGUGUCGUUUGUCCUUAUGGGAUAAUUGGAAGAGUCAUUGCACUACCUUUGUUGUUAAUUUUUUAA